AUGGGUAAUUAGAACACAAUCGAUAAUGGUAUCAAGGCCUUCAUAAAAUAAGAGUUUGAUAGAGUUAAGAGUGAUAAUCAAAGGCAGCAUCUUAAAAUAUCUGAAGUGUUAAAACUUUAACAUCCAGAUAAUUCUCCAUUUACAUUUGCACAUCUUGGAACUCUCUAUGUGUUAGAUAGUAAGCGCACAGGCUUUAUCACGAUUGAUUAAUUGUUUCACUUUGCUUAAUAUUGUGUAAGAAAUCUCAAAAAUGUUUAAACCUAUGAAUUUUAAUCUUAACUCUAAGGAUUAUGCACAUCUAUUUUAUGGGAUGAUAUUUGCAAAUAUGGCGUUGAUCAUGUCAACGAUUGGUUUAUACGUCUUUUGACUACCAAUGAUACUGUAAUUCCAUAUAAAAAUCAUCUGUUUAUUAAACUUGAAACUGUGUAAAUACUUUACGAAUUAUCAAAUACCAAAAUUAUGUCAAAUAUAGAUAUUUAGUAAUUUGUUGAUCUAUUACAAUAAGCAGGUGAAGAAGCGGGACUCAUGUCUAUAGAUCAAGAAGAAUUAGAUGAGUUAGUUCCUUUGGAGAUCUGCAGUGAAUUCAUUAAAAACUUUUUAAAUGGAUUCAAGGCCUUGAUGCUAGAAAUUGGAUUUUCAAAUAAUGUAAAGUGA